UUCUAUACGAUGCCGUCAGCGCAUAUGUCCGAACUGAACAUUGAGCGUGAUCGUAAAUUAUACUAAUUAGUUAUGGCGGUCUUUGCCGUCAAAAAAGUGUUUUCAUCAUACUGUAACAUACUAGUGAGAAUGCUAUUGAGCGAACGCGCGUUCUUCCAGUGAUAUUAUAUUUGUUACAAUAACUAAACACGCGGACCAUCGUUAGAUCGGGUGCAUAAUGCACAUUGCGUGUCUGUGUGCGUCGAGUGUUCACAAAUAGCCAGUGGAAAGGGGUUUGACACAAUGAUCUCUAUUGUGCAGGCUACUAUUUCUUCUGGAUUAUGGUUUAUAUAAGGAUUUUUAAAUUUAUAUUAAAUCAUGGAUCCUAUAUUAGAAAACGAAUCCGCGACCACAGAAUCAUCAAGCAAACAUGGAAAAAAUAAACACAGAAACAAGAAGAAAAAGAGUAAUCAGGAAAUGCAAAAUGAAAAUCAAACUGUUGUUGGAGAGAAGAAAAAAUUUGUAGUUACAACUCUAUCUGGUAGCAAUGAGCAAAAUAUCUCCGAGGGUUAUGCUCAAAGCAACGUUCAUACAAUCCACUUUGGAACACGUGGCGCUGAAUCACAAAGACCACACGUUAGAUCAAUUUUCAAAGAUAGACCACCUGAAACAUCUAGACCGUCAAGUGCAGAGCGAGAUCAAAUAAGUAAAGGUAAGGAAUAUGAGACUUUUCACGGAACGUCGUCCAGUCCAAGGAGCUCCAUAUUCGACAUAUUUCGAAUAAGGAGAAAGAGUGAUUCCAAAAAACAUCAAUCGCUUAUACAAAAUGUGAAGGGUUCUCUAGCCGUACCACAAAAAUCUGCGGAAUCCCCGGUUGAAUCAGCUAGUUCCGAAACAAAAGAUUCCCACAAAAAAUAUUAUUAUACUGUAACGGGGGUAUCAUCUCGAAAAUCUAGCCCGAUUACAAGGGUUAUGGAUAUAUUUAGAAGUAAGCCUCAUCCACAAACAGAACCAAGUACGGCCGACAAUACGAAAAAAAAGAGUUCGAAAUCUGCUCGCCGGUCGUCUAUAGGAACGACUUCACCUACGUAUCACAAGAAUUCUUACGCCUCGUUAGAUCCUGUACAAGCCAAACAGUUGUUUAGAGAAGUUCGAGGCUUACCAAAAUAUGAUCCAUAUCUGUCCAUUGUGCAAAUAUCAAUAGGAGGUAGAGAUAAAACCAGACUGCUAUUGAAUUUUUUUAAAUAUCACAAGUGCUACGAAAUUUUACCCAAAUCAGCGAAAGUUAUAAUAUUCGAUACCCAAUUUCCAGUUAGAAAAACUUUUCCAACUCUUGUAUCUCACGGAAUACGUUCAGCCCCGUUGUGGGACGCUAAUAAAAAAUUAUUAGUGGGCAUGAUAACUGUCACUGACUUUAUUAGAAUUCUAUUACAUCUAGAUAAAGAAAAUUUAUCAAUGGAAGACUUAGAAAAGCACACUCUUCAUAAUUGGAAAAAGAUUCUGAGGCCCACUAGGAAGCCUUUGUGUAGCGUGGGACCAGAUGAAUCCUUGCACGAAGCAAUCAAUAUGCUCAGCAAGAAUAGAGUUCAUCGUUUAUUAAUGAUCGAUCCUGUAUCUGGGGAUGUGUUAUAUAUAUUGUCACACAAAAGAAUUUUACGCUUCCUAUUUGUUUAUCUGAAUGAGUUCCCGGAGCUUACGUUUUUCCACAAAACAUUACUCGAUCUGAAUAUUGGAACGUUUGAUGGGAUCAUAUCCGUCACAGACGAUACCAGCGUUAAAGAAGCUUUUCAGCUUCUUUUAGAUAAUGAUAUAUCUGCCUUACCUAUUCUGGACGAGAACGGCGUACUUUUAAAUGUCUACCCAAAAUAUGAAGUGUUGAAUUUAGUGAGUGAGAAGUUAUACUUGAACUUGUCGUUAACAAUAGGAGAUGUGCGCAACAAAAAGAAAGACUGGGAAGAGAAGCUACAGAAAUGUUCUUCCACCAUAACACUUUACGAGGCCUUAGAAAUAAUUGUUAGAACUGAAAGCCAUCGAUUAUUAUUAGUGAAUAAGGACGAUAAGCUGGCGGGGGUCGUUUCGCUAUCUGAUAUAUUAGUCUACCUUAAUAGGAUAAUACCCGCCGAGAAGAAGGUUUCAUCUCUCCAAGAAAUAUUUAGACCGUUAGAAGUUAAUAAGGUCCCUGAAUCUUUGAAAGAGAGCGAAAACGAAGUGAUAACUAUAAAUGUACCUAUCAUUGCAACAGCGCAGAACGUACCUGAGUUGAACGAAGCCAAUGAUGUAUGUAUUGGUGAUAAUUCUAAUGAAACUAAUAUAAAUAGUGAAAUUGAAACUAAUGAACAGUCCGCUGAAGCUAGUGAUGCUAAGGAUGCAGAGGCGGACGCGGACGUCCAACAAUCUCAGACGGAUGUAGCUGUAGAUAAUGACGAGUCAUAAACUUACCCAAAGAUUAACAUGAAAUCAUCUAGUGUAUUAGUCUCGCUUACUGCUUAUAACUUACGAUAUUGUACAUUAUCGUAAUGUUGUUGCAUCAAUUGCACGUGAAUGCCUUAUUUAUUAUUUAAUCCAUUAAAUUAUAAUGCUGAAACUCAAUAAAAUAUUUUAGUAGU